UUAAAAUAAUUGCUGGAUCAUUCUCAGUUGUAAGUAUCGACUAGAAUACUAAUAAAAAAAGCUAAAUCAUGAAAAUUAUAGUUCUUUUAGUGGCCUUGUUAGGUCUUACGUAUACUGGAGCUGAUUCAACAGAUGGAGUGAAUUAUUUCAUUUGGUGUACUUACAAGGCCAUCGAUGAUGGAAUUCCUUCUAUUCCCAUACCAAAACAUAACCCUCUAGUUAUUCGUAAUAUCAGUUUUGAACUAGACCAACCCUUGCUAAAAGUUCAAUUUAACGCUACAAAUAACGUUCUUUAUGAUCUGUUAAACGCUACUUUCAAAGAACUGAACGUCACAGAUUAUCAUGAUCCAGAAAAAGUGAAAAUCGACUAUGAUCUGUACUGGCCUUUGCUGAAUUUGACUGGAGAUUAUUCAUUCUACUACAAAGUUCCCUUUGUAGAUGCUUAUCAAGUAAAUGGAUCAUACAAUAUCCUUUUGGAACAUACUGAUUGGACUGGAUACCUUGGUUUCGUGGAGCCUGGACAAGCCAAUGUCACUAGUGAAGUAGAUGAAUUCACUCUAGCAUCUGCUGUUAAAUCUGUUGAGGUUUCGAUUGACGGUUUUAACGGUAGUUAUAUUGAAAGUACAAUUCAAGAAGCCAUCUACUUUGCUUUCAACAAUUUCCCUAGUUCUGCAGCUGAAACAUUGAGAGUUGAUAGAUUCAACGAAUACUGGCUGGGCAGUUCAGAAAGAAUGCAAGCUAUUUUCGACAAUUGCAAAGAAGAUUAAUAAUAUUUAUUAUUUUGUGAUGUCUAAAUGAAUAGAGGAACUGAAUAAAGAAGAAUAUAAAGUUA